CAGUAUCAGUCGUAUAUUUGAAAGCAUCGAGUUGCCAUCACCAGUAUCAGUACAGUCAUGCAUCGAUUGAAAUUACAUUCCUCUUUGAUUCCCGCGCAAGUAUCCCUCGAUUGACCAACAUGACUGCUACAACUAACACUGCUGCAUGGCUCAUGGCAGCCGCACACCCCUUUGCCGUCAAAUCAGCUCCCACCUGGAAGCCCGAAGAAAACGAGAUUCUCACCCGAAAUCAUGCCGUGGCAAUCAACCCCAUCGACGGCAGUCUCCAGACAAAAGCCUGGAUGCCCAUGGGCUACCCCACGAUCCUAGGGGAGGAUGUAGCGGGAGAGGUGAUUGCAGUCGGUCCAAAUGUGACGCGUUUUAAGCCCGGAGAUCGUGUGCUCGGCCAUGCCCUGGGAUUCCUUACAGGUCGCGAUCAAGAUGGCGCUUUUCAGGCCCAUACGACUCUGCGGGUUAAUAUGGCGAGCAAGAUUCCUGAUCGUAUUUCCUAUGAAAAAGCCGUCGUCAUUCCGUUGACUUUUUCAACUGCAUCUGCGGGGCUUUUUCAGGAAGAGUACUUGAAGUUGAAUCUACCUACUGAACCUCGUGCCCAGCCUACCGGAAAGACAAUUUUGAUCUGGGGCGGUGCAUCAAGCGUGGGCAGCAAUGCCAUCCAGCUUGCCGUGGCUGCAGGAUGCGACGUCAUCACUACCGCAUCGCAAAAGAACUUUGAUUAUGUGAAGAAUCUCGGGGCCAGCCAGGUAUUCGAUUAUCGCAGUCCAACCACUACCGAAGCUCUCAUUCAGGCCAUGCAAGACAAGACUAUCGCCGGUGCCAUGGACUGCAUCGGGUCUUCUGCUACCCAGGCCUGUAUCGAUGUGAUGAAACAAUGUGACGGAAACAGAUUUGUGGUGACGGUAAAUUCUGGUUUCCAGACUGUGCAAGAUAUUGUCACCGUGAAGGGAGUUAUGGGUGCGUCGAUCAAGGAUAACUUUGUCAGCAAAGCUGUGUAUGAGGAUUUUCUACCAAGGGCGCUGGAGGAAGGGACAUUCAAGCCGUCUCCUGAACCGGUGAUUGUAGGCAACGGAUUGGAGAUUGUACAGGAAGCGCUGGAUUUGCAUGGUAAAGGUGGGAUUUCUGCUCGGAAGUUGGUUGUACUGUUGGAAUAGUAGAGAUAAAGUCCAAAUCAUU